AUGUGUAUUAUGAUGCCCACUGUCGUGAUUGUGCUUUACCUUCGACAAUUAUACCAUAUUCUCUCUCACUUACGCCCCCUAUUCAAAACUUUUAUUGUUUCGAGUGCCUCUCUUCCCUCCGUUUAUUCUGUGUCUGCUACAACUCUCAUUAUAAUAUUCGUAUAUACACACUCACACCACACUUCUAUUAUUAUUAUUAUCAUGAUUAUUAUUAUUAUUACUAUUACUAUUAUUAUUAUUAUUACUAUAAUAUUAGUAUAUGCAUACUAA